AUGGGUAUCAUGAACUCGUUCGUCAACGAUAUCUUCGAGCGCAUCGCCGGUGAGUCGUCCCGUUUGGCUCAUUACAACAAACGUUCCACCAUCACGUCCAGGGAGAUCCAGACCGCCGUGCGCCUGUUGCUUCCCGGGGAGCUGGCUAAGCACGCCGUGUCCGAGGGCACCAAGGCCGUCACCAAGUACACGAGCUCCAACAAAACUGGCGGGAAGGCUAGGGCUAAAGCCAAGACUCGCUCCUCCCGCGCCGGCCUGCAGUUCCCCGUGGGCCGUGUGCACAGACUUCUGCGCAAAGGUAAUUAUGCCGAGCGCGUCGGCGCGGGUGCUCCCGUUUACUUGGCUGCCGUGCUCGAGUAUCUGACUGCUGAGAUCCUCGAGUUGGCCGGAAACGCCGCUCGCGACAACAAGAAGACCCGUAUUAUCCCUCGUCAUCUGCAGCUGGCCGUUCGUAACGACGAGGAGCUCAACAAACUGCUCGGAGGAGUCACCAUCGCUCAGGGUGGCGUUCUGCCCAACAUUCAGGCCGUCCUGUUGCCCAAGAAGACCGAGAAGGCGGUCAAGACCAAGUAA